CUUUCCACUAAUCUUGUGAUCGCCUUUUGCCGCGAAAGGUUAAGAAGCACUUUCUUCCUAAGCUCCCAUUCUUUAGCUAGGACGGCUUGUCAGUUAAUCCGACAAUCAGAUCAUCACGUUUGCUUCCUCUAGCUAGCUGAGCAAUUAAUUGAUUGCACUGGCCGAUGGCCUUACCAAGCGACGUCGACACCGCUUCGACAUCUCCGGCCCGGUGCAUAUGAUGGCGAAAAACGGCUUCAGUUCCUCUUCAAUGGUGAUUGCCUGGGACAAUGAGGAACACCGCCGGUGCGUCGCUGCCUGUCUUGUGAAAGGCGUCUAUACCAUGGAGAACGACAGUAACAGGCGCAGGGUGCAUACCAACGCUCUCGCGCCGGCUUGGUGGGAGAGCUUUGGCUUCCGCCUCCUCCGAGUGAUCAAGGACGACUCCAACAACAACGACCAGUUCAUCAUCGGCGCGGUAUACGAGCAUGUGCUGCCGGCUCUGCCUGCCAGCAAGCCCGGCCGCCACCCGUUGGCUCCUCACUACGUUGUCGCCUUCCGUGGCACCAUGAUAUCGCUGUCAGCAAAACGGAAAGAACAAACUCUGAAAUCGCUCACACUCGCUCACUCUGAAAAUUGCCGGACAACGACAGUAACCUAAAGAAGUUCGGGAAACGUCAAGAACUGAAGAACAAAGUAGAAUUUUUGUGCAGCGCAACCUCUGCUGCUUUUCUGUUUUCACUCUUUAUUCUCCUCCACCAAAACGGAGUUUGUUACAUGCACAACUGAACGGAACGAGCAACCCGGAUCGGCUACUGACCGCGCCAUCCCACGAUCUGAAACCAGGUCAUUCGGCAGCUAAACAAAACUGACAACAUGCAGAAGGAAACAGCUAUUCUACCGACCGGCCAAAACAACCUUCAGCCAGCCACUACGUUCAUGCAAAACAGAAAUAUAAAAUGCUCAAGAUUACAAAAUAUCCAACAAUUUCUCCCCCUAAUCUUGACGCAUCACACUGGAGACAAACCCAGCUUUCCCCUCAGCUCCAGAAAUCGGACCUUGCCAAGAGGCUUUAUCAAUAUGUCUGCAAGUUGUUCUGCUGAACUUGUGUACUCCACUUCGACCUCCUUUCUUUCAACCCUCUCACGGAUGAAAUGAUAUCUUGUAUCAAUGUGUUUGCUUCUAUCAUGAAGUACAGGAUUCUUGCAGA